AUGCCUUGCACCCCCGCCAUCGCCUCCAUGUCCGUCGGCCGCGCCUGGGUGCACCGCCUCCCCGAGAAACUCGCCCAAAUCGCGGCAGCCGGCUUCCAGGGCGUCGAGAUCUUCUACGAGGACCUGGAAUACCUCGCGCGGGAGCAAGCCCAGGCCGCCGUAACCGAACCCACCCUCCUGGCAGCCGCCCGCACCACCAAAACUCUCUGCGACAACCUCCACCUGCAGAUCAUCGGCCUCCAGCCCUUCCUCUUCUACGAGGGUCUCGUCGACCGCGCCGAGCACGCCCAGCGAAUCACCAAGCUACGCACCUGGUUCACACUCGCGCACACCCUGGGCACCGACCUCAUCCAGAUCCCAUCCAACUUCCAGCCCACGGGUACCACGGGCGAUCUGGACUUAAUCGUGGCAGACAUGCGCGAGAUCGCGGAGCUGGGCCUCCAGGAACGGCCCGUGGUGCGGUUCGCGUACGAGAACCUGGCGUGGGCGACCCACGUCUCCAGCUGGGAGACGCUGUGGGAGGUGGUGCGGCGCGUGGACCGGCCGAAUUUCGGGUGUUGUUUGGAUACCUUCAACAUCGCGGGCAAGGUGUGGGCGGAUCCGAUGGCGACCUCCGGCAAGGUGGCGGGCGAUGCGGAUGGGAUUCUGGCCGAGUCGUUGGCGCGGUUGGUGCGGACGAUUGAUGUCGGGAAAGUGUUUUAUGUGCAGGUCGUUGAUGCGGAGAGGAUGAGGCAGCCGCUCGUCGAGGGGCAUCCGUUUCAUGUGGAGGGUCAGCCGGCGAGGAUGAGCUGGAGUCGGAAUGCGAGGUUGUUUUUGUAUGAGCAAGAGAGGGGCGGGUAUCUGCCUGUUGUGGAGGUGGCGAGGGCGUUUUUGAAAGAACUGAGGUUUGAAGGGUGGGUGUCGAUGGAGCUGUUCUCGCGCUCGAUGGCGGAGGCGGAUCCUGCUGUGCCGCGCGAGCAUGCCCGGAGGGGGAUGAGGGCGUGGGAGCUGUUGGUGGAGGAGUUGGGCUUGUAG